AUGGCUUCCGAGUCCCUUCCAGUGUGUGGAGCUAUGAGUCUGGGACUAGGUGACCUCUGCAGCUCCUGCGGCUAUGGACACCCGAGCCCGCCGGGGCCGCUACUGCCCAAGAAACCGGAGGCCAAGGGCCCGGCCGUUCCCUGGAGGAAGGCGGCGGGAGCUGGAGGCCGUGCGCGCCGAGCUGGGGGCAGGGGCCCGUCGCACGGGGGGGCGCUUGGGGGCCCGGGGAGGAGGCCGGCAGCGGGGCGCCACGUGGCCGACCAGCUGGCUCCCCGGGGAUGCAGGAGUGGGGAGCUGCGGCAGCUGCAGGAGGCCGUGCUGGGGCGGACGCCGGAUCCCCGCUGCCGCGCGGGGGAGGCCGAGCUGCGCCAGCUGCAGCAGCUGCUGCACAAGGAGCGGGACUGCGCCGUGCGCCAGGCGCGGGAGCUGCAGCGCCAGCUGGCCGAGGAGCGCUGGCCGCGGCCUGCGGCCCCGGGCCCGUGGGGGGUCCGGCCGCGGCGGCCCGGGGCCGGGAGUGCCGCGCAAGCGCGGACGUGCGGCCAAGUGCGAGCGGACGGCGAGCAGGCCGCCCGCAUCCGCCACCUGCAGGCCGCGCUGAACCGGCCUCUUCCCGACAUCUUGGAGAACUUCCACUGGGACCCGGCCUCGGUGCUCUCGGCCCGGCCCCCGCGGCCCACCCCGCCCGAGCCCGCCGCCGCCACCGCCGCCGCCGCCGCCGCCAUCGUCGCCGUCCACUUCCAGGCCGCGGGCGCCGGGGAGCUGCCGACCCCGGGCGUGGCGGAGCUGCCCACCACGGGCGCCGGGGAGAUGCCGGCCUCCAGAGCCGCGGCGGCCGCCACCAUCGCCGCCAUCACCACCACCGCGCCCGCCGCCCCCGCCCCCGCUCUCAGCCCGCCGGGGCCGCUCCUCCCGCCUCCCCGGCCGCCGCCCCGCCGCCGCCCGCCCGGCUUCCCGCCGGCCGGCCGCGCUCCCUGGACAGCCUGUGCACGCCGCGCCCCGCCCACCGCCUCCUCCGGCCCCCGCCCACCGCCCGCUCCUCCCGCCCUGGAGGCGCCCGGCGGCGGUCGCCGCGCCGGGUCCCGCUGGACCCGCCCCCACCCCGCGGGCCUGCCUCCCCGGGCGGCCCCGGACAGCCUGGGCACCGGGGAGGUCCGGGGGCGGCCGCCCGCCCGCGACCUCCCCGCGCUGGUGGGCCGGGCCCCACCCGAGGGGCGGCCUGCAGCCCCGCCCGGGGCGGGGGGCGGGCCGAGGCCCGCGGGCGUCUCGGCCUCCCCGGGGCCUGGCCCGGGGCGCCCCCCAGGGACCGGGAAGGAACCGGGGCUGGCCGGGGCCCAGCCUGGCCAAACUGCCCGGCCUCCGGAGGAGAAAGCCAGUCCCCCGGGCUUCCCCGACUCCAGCGAGAAGGCAGGGUGCGACCUGCAGGCCCGCGUGGCCUCCUGCCAGGGCCAGUGGCUCAACGUCACCGACUUCGACCAGCUCCUCCGCGAGUCCCAGAAGGAGGUGCUGCGGCUGCAGAGGCAGGUCACCCUGCAGACCUUCAGGGGCCCCGCGGCCCAGAGGGCCGCCUCCCCGCCCCCGGGCGCCCCGCUCCAGGAGCCCGGGCCGGACGAAGCGGCCGAGGCCCAGGAGCUGAAGCUCCAGCUGCAGGCGCUGGAGCAGAGCCUCAGCGAGAGGCAGAAGUGCUGCGAGAGCCUCGAGCUGGACGUGGACAAGGCCCAGCAGAGAGUCCAGGAGGCCGAGGGCCGCCUGCACCAGGUGCUGAGCGAGAACAGCUGGCUGGCGCAGGAGAACAGCAGGCUCCAGGAGCGGGCGCAGUGGCUGGAGAAGGUGGGCUCGGAGAACAGCGAGAUGCGGGGCAAGCUGGAGCUGCUGACGGAGGAGCGGGACUCGGCCGCGCUGCUGAGCAGCCAGCUGCAGCAGCAGGCCAGCCAGAGCGAGGCCGGCCGCCAACAGCUGCAGAAGGAGCUGCGCGAGGCCCUGGGCGCGCUGGCCGCCCAGCGCGGAGAGGUGCAGAGGCUGCAGCAGGAGCGCGAGCAGAUGCAGAGGGAGCACCAGGAGGCCGUGCAGACGCUGGAGGCCCACAUCCGAGAGCUCGAGCUGCCCCGCUCCCACCACGCCCACGACUCCAAGCCGGCGCAGCUGUUCCGGGGGAAGUGGGCCAAGAAAGCCACCUGCCUCCCGGAGGGCCCCGGCCUCCCUGACGCCAGGACGCCGGCCAAGAAAGCCAGCCCCCAGGCCGGCGCCUCCGAGGCUGCCUCGCCGCAGCUCGGCCUUCAGGCUCCCGAGGCGGAGGACUCCGAAGCGGACGGCCUCCCCCGCCCCCCCGAGCCGGCGGCCCCCAGGGGCCCCCACGGCCAGGACGCUCAGGGCCCUGCGAAACUCAAGAUUUUCCUAGCCCGCUACAACUACGACCCGUUCGCCGGGCCCAACGACCAGCCCGAGGCCGAGCUGCCCCUGACCGCGGGCGACUACAUCUACAUCUUCGGGGACAUGGACGAGGACGGCUUCUACGCCGGGGAGCUGAUGGAUGGCCAGAGGGGCCUGGUCCCCUCCAACCUGGUGGAGCAGAUUUCCGACGGUGAGAUCCUGAGUUUCCAGCCUCCGGAGGGUAGUGAUUCCUGCCCGGACUCCUCCCAGGAAGGGAAAUCGCCCAGUGAAAGUUCCAGUCCUGAGGGAAAAGCCAGCGAUUCCCCCGAGGAGGCCCCGGGCUGCGGCGCGCCCACCAGGAAAGCCGACGGCGCGGAGGAGGCCUUGGACUUCUCCGGGCCGCCCUGCUCCCCCAAACUGACUCUGAUCCAGCAGCUGCCCCGGGGGGUGGUGGUGGACUGGGAGGCCCCCUUCGCCCCCCACCCGUUCGGGGCCACGCGGGGCUACAACGUCUACGUGGACAACGAACUGAGGCAGAACAUCCGGGCCGGGGCCCAGACCCGGGCCACCAUUGACAACCUGGACCUGAAGACCAGGGCCUACCGCAUCUCGGUGCAGAGCGUGCUGGAGCGGGGCUGCUCCAACCGGCUGCAGUGCUCCUUCCUGGUGGGCCGCGGCUUCUGCUCCGCCCCGACGCAGCUGAGGCUGCGCAGUCUCACCGCCACGUCGGCCGAGAUCAGCUGGCUCUACAGCAACAGCAGCUACCCGCACAUGGUCUACCUCAACGAGCAGGAGCACAACCUCACCAAGGCGGGCGUCUGCCGCUACACCUUCCAGAACCUGCAGCCCAGCACCAGCUACUGCGCUCACGUGGAGGCGCGGCCCCUCGGGGACGCGGCCAAGAAGCCCUGGGAGGAGACGUCCUCCUCCAUCGCCUUCACCACCCCGUGGGCCGGCCCGCCCGACCCCCCGCUCGACGUCCUGGUGGAAGGCCACACCUCCCCGGGCGCUCUGCUGGUCAGCUGGAUCCCCGUGACCAUCGAUUCGGCCGGGACCUCCAACGGAGUCCCCGUGGCGGGCUACGCCGUGUACGCGGGCGGGCAGAAAGUGGCCGAAGUGCCCUCCCCCACGGCGGGGAACGUGGUGGUGGAGCUGGCCCAGCUCCCGCAUCAAAAGCUUUCCCAAGAGAUCUCCGUGAGAACCAUGUCUCAUUACGGCGAGUCCCUGGACUCGGUGCCCGCGCACAUCCCAGGGGACUGGCUGAAGCAGUGCGGCCUCGCCAGGUCGGCCCAGAGCUUCCCCGUCAAUCACACGGGCGCCGAGCCGGCCCACCCCCAGCUGCAGGCCCCGCCCAGAGCCCCCGCCUCCCAGGAGAAGGCCGUUCCGUCCGCCUUCGGCCUCAAGACCGGCUGCGGGAGAGCCAAAGCUGCCGCUUCCGACGGCUUCCCGGAAGACGGCUUCCAGAGGAGAGUCCCAAAGCUUUCAGACGGAGGGCCGCCGGGCCCGGGGGACGUCCCCCCGGGGCCCGCGGAAGCCUAUGCCCUGAGCCUCCUGCCUUCCGGCCGGAAGGAGACCCACAGGCCCAAGACCCCCAAGGACGGCAGGUUCGGCGGCCCCCGGCAUCCCUCCGACGGCCAGGUGAUUGGGGUGGAAGAGCAGAAUGCUAGAAAGGUCAUCUCUAGAUGGAACCUGAUUCAGGAAUUGCUGGAGACCACCGAGAUCUGCCGGGAGAGCAGUCCCGGCGGGAAGACGCCGAGGAUCAGGCCCGAAGGUCAGCCGCAGGAGGCCCCUGCUGAUCGCAGCCACGUGGUGGACCUGGCCAGGCUGGAGGAAGAGGACCAGUACGGGAACAUGUGGGGGACCAGGAGACCCGGCCAAAAGAAGGAGUUCAGGCUCCAGAAGGGCCAGGGCAGGCCCGUGGGGCUGCAGAAAGAGGCCCCCUGCCGAGAGCCCGGCACCUUGUUAUAUCAGGCCCCCUCGGGGAGGAUGAACAAGAUCCUGAAAGCCAGCCCCAUGGUGCCGGCCGCGGGGCCGUGGUUCAGGGCCCCGGGAGGCAGCCCCCUGAAAGGAAAGGCCGCCAGUGACCCCCUGCGAGUGUUUGUGGCCCUCUGGGACUACGACCCCCAGCUGAUGUCCCCCAACCCAGAGGCUGCUGAGGAAGAGCUUGCCUUCCAUCGGGGCCAGCUCCUGAAGGUCUGGGGGGAUCUGGACCCAGACGGAUUCUACCACGGAGAGUGCUGCGGCCGAAUGGGCUACAUCCCCGGGGACAUGGUGUCCGAAGUGCAGGUGGAGGGCAGCGAUGUGCUCAAGCAGCUCCUGCGCCAAGGCCUCCUGCCCCACGAGGUGUCGCUGGACAACCUCCUGGAGCUCUCUACACAGCCACACAGCCCCAAGAAGAGCUUCUCCGUGGCAAGAGGGGCCCCCCAGCGAGCCCAGUUCUGGCACCCGCAGACCAUGGUGGCCGCCUUCGACUACCGGCCCCGGAAGGGCUCCAGCCUGAGCUUAACUGAGGAGCUGACCCUGAGCGCUGGCGACGUGGUCACCGUGCUGGGCUCCGUGGAUGACAACGGCUUCUUCUACGGGGAGCUCAAUGGGCAGAGGGGCCUGGUCCCGUCCAACCUGCUGAAGACCCCAGCGCUGAAUGCAGAGUAACAGGCCCCCACAGACCUGGUCCUGGCCCCCCCCCCCCUUAGUCCAGAACGUGCUGGCCAGCUGCCCAGGCCUACAGCACAAUGACAGUCACGAUAUCUAUAAAAAAAAAACAAACCCAAAAAACCAAAACCUUUUUUCCUCGAUAGAGACUAUAGGAUUGUAAUCAUUCAAAGCCCCUUACCUCUGAGAACAUGGUUUAAAACCUGGCUUCAGGUAAUUAAAAGCAACAAAGAACAACCAAAA